UAUUAGAGUGGUCAAUUAAGUCGCGAUGUAUUGGUCGCCUGGUCGUCAGUCACUUAAGCCGUGAUGUUAUUGGCUAUGAAGACUCAUAAAUGCCGUUUUCGAUCCUUCAUUUUGUCACAGUUGAACCUCAGGCGGACUAUCCAAACUGUUCGAGGCAUCGAGAUGUCACGCGCGACAUGUGAUCCAAUACGUUUACUGUAUCAUACGUUAUGAAGUUCAUAAGGCCCGCACUCGGCUUCAUUCAACUGUGCAAAAUUCUGUGUUUUAUGAAGCAUUUCUACCGAUCACGUCACUCAGGAAUGAAGCCGAGUGCGGGCGUUAUGAAAGACAAUAAAUGUAUGGGAUCACAUUUCGCGCGUAGCAUCACGAUGCCUCGAACAGUUCGGAUGGUCCGCCUGUGGUUGAACAAUCACUUUUUGUUGGUCAAAUUCUCGGUUAUCCAGUUAUUCAGUUCAGGUUGCUACUGUCAUUAAGGGCAUAUGCGGCCCAAUUUAAAAAAUGCCCCUUUCGUAUACCUUUCGUUAAAUAAUGGUACCCCUUGCCUCUCACAUACCUAGUUAAGAACUUCGGAUCCCUUUUAAUUGCUGUAAAUGCACUUUAUUUCAAAUGUUGAAUAAAUCACUAAAUGACUUGAAAAUUUCCUCUAGUUUCUCACAGCCAUAAAAUUCCUUUGUAGCCCUUUUGGGUUCGAUUUUAGGUCAUUUGAUAUACCAAUGAUGUGACCGGUCACUUUACCUUUUUAUAUACUUCAACCAGUAAAAUUCUUGGUUUUUCAUAUACCAAAAGCCUGAAAAAGAUACUGCUUCGGGCGGAGCCUCCCCGUAUACUGUCGGUUGAAUCUAGGCGUGGACACGAGACAAAGCAUGUUCCUAUAGGGUGCCAGACAUGAACUAUUUUUCCGCCAAACAUUUGAAGUUUGACAGCCGUUAAAGCAAACCGUCUCGCCAAAGGUAAAGAACCGGAAAAACGGGCAACAAAAAACGAGCAACUUGUCUUGCAACAUUACUGCAAAACAAGUUGAAUAGCGAUGUUGCGUGUUUUACCACCCACAUCAAACCUGUCUUGCAACAAAUCAGGUUGUUAACAGGUAUUUGAACGUGGGGGGUAAAACGCGCAACAUCGCUUCUCAACUCGUUUCGCAGUAAUGUUGCAAGACAAGUUGCAUGUUUUUUGUUGCCCGUUUUCCCUACCUUAAGUUUUGAUCAGCGCGUUACGCUCAUAUUUCAUUUUUCUUAACUUAAUUUCAUUCACAUUCCUCGCACACUUGACUCCAGAAAUUAUUCUAACUUCUCAGUUUCUUGCAAAGAACAUUUUGUUGAGCGAAAACAAAUAAAGAAGACAACAGCCGCCUACUCCAAACUUCGAAUGUUUGGCGGCAAAGCGAGAUAAAUUUGCACCCAAUUAGGACAUGAUUUUCCGUCAGGUGUACACGGCUUAUAUCAGAUGCAACGCAUAACAGUAGGCAUUAUAGGGAGUACCAUAAUUGAGUUGUUGCGUUGCUCUAGAUUGUUGAGCACUGUUUAUUAGGUGAUAAAACUUUCAACUCGCCCCAUGUAGAGUAAUCCAACUCAGCCUGAUCAUUGUACGUUUCUGGGAGACUGCCCACCUACCUCUCCCUGAAGCCAACAUUGACACUUAGUUCUCACAUAGGGAACAAUGUUGGCUUAGGGGAGGGGUAGGUGAGCAGCAUGAUCAUUAUACGUUUCUGGGAGACUGCCCACCUACUCCUCCCAGAAGUCAAUAUUAACAGUUACUCCUCACAUAGGGCAAAAUGGUGACUUUGGGGAGGGGUAGGUAUAAUAAUCCACACUGCAGUCUUCCUCCCAUUCCAUUUUUGCCGAGCAUCAGAAAAUAUGGGAUGUGAUUUAAGAUGAUGAAAUUUUUCUACUUAGUCUGUUCAGUUGAUUUAGAUAUAUUUUGUAGCUGGUUGUUCUCCCUUCACUUCAAAAUUCAUAGUUUUAUUUUUAUGAUAAACACUUUUGGAUUCUGAAUUCCACUUUUUGGAUUCCGGAUUUCAUGAAUUGGAUAAUCUGGAGUCCUUGUCAGUGGAACUGCUGGAUCCCGGAUUUCGGAUUUCUAGGUUUGGAUUUUGGAUUGCGAAGCCCAGGAUUUCGAGAUGCUUCAAGCAAACAUUUUUUGGAUUCCUCUGGCCUGGAAUCCGGAUUGUCUUACAUUGGGGAUUCAAUGCAAUGUUCGCUAAUUGCAUUUAUAUGUUUACAUUUUCAGUCAAAAAAUGUCCUUCCUGUUCAUCGAAGACUUCUCUGGAGGAUUGCGAUGAUAAAAUCAAACCGAAAACUUGCCGUAAUCUCUUUACCGACAGAUUUGCUUGCGCUGUAAUCCAGAAAAACCUAGAUUCCUACUCUCGCACUUGCAUGAGCGACUUUGCCUUUACUCAUGUCAGGGCUGAGAAAUUUGGAAUCUGCAUGGAAGAUCAAUGCUUGGCCAAUUUCACCUUCACAGCA